AUGUCGCUCAAGGCAAUCUCCUCCAAAGAUGCUGCUGCCUUGGACAAGGACCUCAUGGACAUUGGUGGUUUUUCCUUGGACCAGUUGAUGGAAUUAGCCGGACUUUCGGUCUCCCAAGCCGUCUAUCGCUUUCAUCCUCUGACCAAGGGAAAACGCGUGCUUGUUGUAUGCGGUCCUGGGAAUAAUGGAGGCGACGGCCUCGUGGCCGCACGUCAUCUGGCACAUUACGGAUAUGCACCGUCAAUCUACUACCCAAAACAGGGCAAGAAUGAACUAUACGAGCGCCUAAAAAUCCAACUUCAAAAUCUCCAAGUCCCCUUUGUCCCGGAUUUCACAGCAGCCCUGCAAUCAACCGACCUCAUUGUCGACGCUAUCUUUGGCUUUUCCUUCCAAAAGCCGCUGCGCGAGCCAUUCCCGUCCAUUAUUCGACAACUUGAAGAAACCAAAAUCCCUGUUCUCAGUGUCGACGCCCCUAGCUCAUGGGAUAUCCAAGAGGGUCCGCCCAAAGCCGGAGGCGAAGAACCGGGGGCAACGUUUAUGCCCGCGGCGUUGAUUAGUCUGACUGCCCCAAAGCCAUGUGUGAAAUGGUACAAGGGGAGACAUUUUGUCGGGGGCAGGUUCUUGACAAAGGAAAUUGCUGAUAAAUAUGACCUGGAUCUGCCAGAGUAUUCUGGUAUUGAUCAGAUUGUCGAAGUCGGCGUGAAUGCGGACGAGAAGCUCUAG